GGCAUUUGGUCUCUUUUAUCACUCAACCGCCAGUCUUUCUUUGAUCGUUCGUCUGCCAUCUCAACCUUGCAGGCCCUUUCGAUACCUUCCAAAUCAGCCAGAGAAUCAGGCAGAACUAUCUUUCAACGCGCCCGAACAAACCCUCGUUUGCAAUUUGAAUACCCUGGCAGCUGUCACUUUGCGGGGGUGUCAAGUUUCCAACUUAGCGACAUUCGGUCAAACCGGCUCUGAGAUUUGGGAUACCUCCCUGCCGCAACUGGGAUUGUCUCUAGGGAGGAUGAUUGCUCGAAUCUGAAAACAACAAUCAUUCUUCCUUGCUGUGCAUCCGCAGAUGCGGUGACACGACAUUCGUUUCUUCCUCCGAGCGUACCUUCUGCUCUUGAGCAAUUCCACUCGCUUCGUCCUUUCGGCUUUCUGUCACCAUGGCCGCCAACGACUAUUACCGUGAUGCAUAUAUGGCGCAGUCUUCUCAGCCUUCGAGACCUCAUUAUAACGAUCGACCCACGUCGCAUCUUGCCUACGCAUAUAAUCCUGCAACCAGUUCUUCCAGCCUCGAUCAAUCACGGCCUCCGAAUACAUACUCUCAUCAACAAAGACCCGACUACGACGUUAAUGAUUCCUCACGUCCCUUACCACAGUAUUCAGAGUCCAUACCGCUGAAACAACAAUCGAGUCUUAAUACAGCCCCCGACGACUGGCGGAAACAACCGACCAAUUACCCUCCCUCGCCAGAGUCGCAGAACCCUCAAUUGCUACCAAAGCCGGAAAGAAAAACGAAGAAGAAAUGGUUUUCUGGCAAAGUCCCAUGGGUGGUCUACACGCUCAGCCUGAUUCAGCUCACCGUUUUCAUCGUUGAAAUAAUCAAGAAUUCAAUAAUAACAGGUUCUCCCAUCAUGAUACAUCCACAAUUCAAUCCUAUGAUCGGUCCCUCAACCUACGUUCAAAUCAACAUGGGUGCGCGCUUCGUCCCCUGCAUGCGUGUCGUUCCCGCAGUCCAAGAUGCCUCAACACCGGUCAAUUGGCCGUGUCCCAAUACCACCACCUCCGACGCCAACUCGCCCAGCAAUCACUGCGAUCUUAGCGAGCUAUGCGGGUUUUCUGGAUUUAACGACGACCAUCCAAAUCAGUGGUUUCGAUUCAUCGUCCCCAUGUUCUUACACGCGGGCAUUAUUCACAUUGCGUUCAACCUCCUGUUGCAACUCACAAUGGGUCGGGACAUGGAGAAGGCGAUCGGCAGUAUUCGAUUUGCCAUUGUCUAUUUCAGUUCUGGAAUUUUUGGAUUCGUCCUCGGCGGGAAUUUUGCAGCCACGGCAAUCGCCUCGACAGGAUGCUCGGGAUGCCUCUUCGGCAUUCUGGCACUGGUUCUGCUCGAUUUGAUCUACGCGUGGAACGAACGACCCAGUCGAGUUAAAGACCUAAUGUGGAUUCUGGUCGAUAUCAUUAUUUCCUUCGUACUUGGCUUGUUGCCGGGUCUGGAUAAUUUUUCUCACAUUGGCGGCUUCUUGAUGGGUCUUGCAACGGGCUUGUGUUUAUUACAUUCUCCUAAUAUCCUUCGACAACGCACUGGCGAGACUCCCGGCCCGUAUCGAAAUGUCGGAUCCGAGCCCGAUAUCACCAAUCCAAAGCGCCCGAUGCUGGAGACACCGGCUGCGACCGCGACGCCCGCAGACGUCGCGGCAUUUGCAAAGGAGCCUCUUGGCUUCUUCAAGGGCCGCAAGCCGCUGUGGUGGGGUUGGUGGUUGUUGCGGGUGGGUGCCUUGAUUGGCGUUCUGGUGGCUUUUGUGGUGUUGUUGAACAAUUUCUACAAAUAUCACAGUACCUGCUCGUGGUGCAAGUAUUUGAGUUGUUUGCCGAUUAAUAAUUGGUGCAGUAUUGGGAACUUGACUCUGAGCGAUCCUGGGUCAAACGGAACGAGCAGUUCGAAGAGGAGUUUACUGUUGGAAGCCGGCGUCGUAAUGGCAAGAGAUCUGUUUGACAUUGAUGCAUGGACAUGAAAAGGCUCCAGAGGCAGAACCUUGAUCUGGAGGUCUAGAACAGACAUAAAGCUCCUGCUUCGCAGACUGUUGGAUACUACAUACCUAUAGAUACAAUGGUAUUCAUGAACCACCCAAGUACGUAUUCUCAGUUGCUUCGGGCAUUGGAUCUGGGACCAUGAGCAAGUACGGCAAAGAAAGCAGCCAAGGAUGAAUGAGCUUGUGGGAAGCAUACGAAUAUUUAUCUAAUUACUCCGUCGUGUGAAAUGG